AUGUAUACGAUUAUGUCAAAUACUAACAUUACCAGACUGGCAGUAGCCCCAACUCUGCUUCGUUUCAAUUCCACAGCUCCAGAUGCUAAAAUCACCAAUAUUGUUGAUCAAAUAGCUCAGCUGAACUUGCUUGAAACUUCUGCUUUGAUAAGUGAGCUCAAAACUAGACUUAAUAUCGCUGACAUUGCCUUCCCUGCUGCUGGCGCCGCUCCUGCUCAACAGGCUGCUGCUCCUGUAGAAGAAGAAGUCAAAGAGGAAGUCGAAGAGAAGACCAUAUUCGCUGUCAAAUUGGAAUCAUUUGAUACUAAAUCCAAGGCUAAAGUCAUCAAAGAAGUGAAGUCCUUGUUGGGCCUGUCUUUGGUGGAAGCCAAGAAGUUUGUUGAGUCAGCACCAAAGGUUUUGAAGGAGAACGUUCCAAAGGAAGAUGCUGAAAAGAUUAAAGGAGUUUUGGAAGGUCUAGGAGCAAAGGUUACUCUUGAAUAG